UGCCUUGUUUCUCUAUUGUGAGAGCGAAACAGAGGCAGAUAACGAGAGGACAGCACCGGAGCUGUGGGGUAAGCACCGAUAGUGGACCAACUGGGGGGAAAGAAGCGACCCAGACAUGGGCAAGAAGGACGAGAUAUCUGUGGCCAAGGUCAAGAUUGAGCAAAACGGAGACAUUGGAGAGGAUAAAGAUGAAGAGAAAAAGGGGGAGAAAGAGCCAAAGAUGCCGAUGAUUGGCGCCAUAGCUCUGUUCAGGUUUGCUGAUGGUUGGGACAGGUUGAUGAUUGUGCUGGGGACCAUCAUGGCUAUGGUUAAUGGAACGGUCCUCCCUCUCAUGUGUAUCGUCUUUGGGGACAUGACUGACAGCUUCAUAGGAGACUCCAUACAGACACAGAAUAACUUCACCAACAUCACGUUCCCUGUUUCCAACACCACUCUGGGAGAGGAGAUGACGGGCCAUGCUAUCUACUACUCUAUAAUGGGUGCGGUGGUGUUGGUAGCAGCCUACAUGCAGGUGGCCUUCUGGACCCUGGCGGCAGGCAGGCAGGUCAAACGCCUCAGGAAGCUCUUCUUCCACUGCAUCAUGCAGCAGGAGAUCGGCUGGUUCGACGUCAACGAGACGGGAGAACUCAACACCCGCCUAACAGAUGACAUCUAUAAGAUCAACGAGGGGAUAGGUGACAAGGUGGGCAUGUUGAUCCAGUCCUUCACCACCUUCGUUGCUUCCUUCAUCAUCGGCUUCAGCAAAGGAUGGAAGCUCACCCUUGUCAUCCUGGCUGUCAGCCCUGUGCUGGGCUUCUCUGCUUUUAUAUUCAGCAAGGUACUGACGUCCUUCACAUCCCUGGAGCAGAGUGCCUAUGCCAAAGCUGGAGCCGUGGCUGAGGAGGUGAUCUCUUCUGUCAGAACAGUCUUCGCUUUCGGUGGACAACAGAAGGAGAUAACCAGGUGUGUGUGUGAGAGAGAGAGCGGGGUAGAAUGGAGACAUUUUGCUAACGUUAAAGGAGCGGUCUCAUUCCUGGAGGAUGCUAAGAACAUGGGGAUCCUGCUUCUCGGCCUCAAAGUCUACAACAUCAUCGACAAUAAACCCCACAUCAACAGCUACUCAGACCACGGCCACAAGCCUGAUGUCAUCAAAGGAAACAUAGAGUUUAACAACAUCCAUUUCACCUACCCCUCACGACCCAACGUCAAAGUGUUGAAUGGAAUGUCUCUGAGCGUGCGUAGUGGCCAGACCAUAGCUCUGGUAGGCAGUAGUGGCUGUGGGAAAAGCACCACCGUUCAGCUGCUGCAGCGGUUCUAUGAUCCACAAGAUGGAUCAGUGUGUGUAGAUGGUCAUGACGUGCGCUCCCUAAACGUGCGCUUCCUGAGAGAGAUGAUUGGCGUUGUCAGUCAGGAGCCCAUCCUGUUUGCUACCACCAUCGCUGAGAACAUCCGCUACGGACGACCUGACGUCACACAUCAGGAGAUAGAACAGGCUGCUAGGGAGGCCAACGCCUACGACUUCAUCAUGACACUACCUGAUAAGUUUGAGACUCUAGUUGGAGACAGAGGAACCCAGAUGAGUGGAGGACAGAAACAGAGGAUCGCUAUCGCACGCGCUCUCGUACGCAACCCCAAGAUCCUCUUGUUGGAUGAGGCUACCUCAGCCCUCGACGCCGAGAGUGAGACCAUCGUACAGGCUGCUUUGGACAAGGUGAGACAGGGUCGUACUACCAUCGUGGUGGCCCAUCGUCUGUCUACUAUCCGUAAUGCUGAUGUCAUCGCAGGCUUCCAGAAGGGAGAGAUCGUAGAGCUGGGAACACACAGCCAACUGAUGGAAAAAGAAGGAGUCUACCACACACUGGUCACCAUGCAGACAUUUAAGAGUCCUGAGGAGGGCGAGGAGGCUGUGGAGGAGCAGGUUCUGGAGGAGAAGAGUCCGUCAGUGACGCCGUUCUCAGAGACCACCCUCAUCAGGAGGAAAUCUACCAAGGGAUCGUCCUUCAUCGGCUCAGAGAAAGGAGACCAGGACAAGACAGAGGUGGAAGAAGAGGAUGAGGAGAUUCCUCCUGUGUCGUUUCUGAAGGUGUUGAAGCUGAACCUUCCUGAGUGGCCCUAUAUGGUGGUUGGUGUGAUCUGUGCCACUAUCAACGGGGGCAUGCAGCCUUUCUUCGCUGUCAUCUUCUCUAAAAUCAUCGCUGUGUUUGCAGAGCAAGACCAGGAACUAGUUAGACAACGCUCCUCGUUAUACUCUAUCAUGUUCGCCCUCAUUGGAGUCGUCUCCUUCAUAACCAUGUUCCUGCAGGGAUUCUGUUUUGGGAAGGCCGGGGAGAUUCUGACCAUGAAGCUGAGACUGAUGGCCUUUAAAGCCAUGAUGAAACAGGAGUUGGGCUGGUAUGACAGUCACAAGAACAGUGUUGGAGCUCUCACCACUAGACUGGCUACAGACGCAGCACAAGUACAGGGGGCUACAGGAGUGCGCUUGGCCACUCUGGCCCAGAACGUGGCUAACCUGGGCACCAGUCUGAUCAUCUCGUUUGUGUACGGCUGGCAGCUGACUCUUCUCAUCCUGUCUGUGGUACCUGUCAUGGCUGUAGCUGGAGGCAUACAGAUGAAGAUGCUCUCUGGUCACGCUGUCAAAGACAAGAAAGAGCUAGAACAGGCUGGCAAGAUUGCCACAGAGGCCAUAGAGAACAUCCGUACGGUGGCAUCUCUCACCAGAGAGCAGAAGUUUGAGUCUCUGUACCAGGAGAACCUCAUAGUGCCUUUCAAGAACUCUCAGAAGAAGGCCCAUGUGUAUGGCAUCACAUUCUCCUUCUCUCAGGCCAUGAUCUACUUUGCCUAUGCAGGCUGCUUCCGCUUCGGAGCCUGGCUCAUAGAGGAAGGCAUCAUGACCUUUGAAAAUGUCUUCCUGGUGAUCUCUGCAGUGCUGUACGGAGCCAUGGCAGUAGGAGAGGCCAACUCCUUCACGCCUAACUAUGCCAAAGCCAAGAUAUCAGCAUCUCACCUUAUGUUCCUCAUCAACAGAGAACCUGCCAUAGACAACUGCUCACAGGAGGGAGAAACACCGGACCACUUUGAUGGGAACGUGCGUUUCCAGGGGGUGAGGUUCAACUACCCGUCCCGUCCAGACCUUGCUGUCCUGCAGGGACUGGAGCUGAAGGUGCAGAAGGGCCAGACUCUAGCCCUGGUGGGCAGCAGUGGCUGUGGGAAGAGUACGACCAUACAAUUACUGGAGAGGUUCUACGACCCACUACAGGGCACAGUGAUGUUGGACAACAGUGAUGCUAAGAAGCUGAACAUCCAUUGGCUGAGGGCCCAGAUGGGCAUCGUAUCCCAGGAGCCCGUGCUGUUUGACUGUAGUCUGGCAGAGAACAUCGCCUACGGAGACAACACACGCAAAGUUACCAUGGAGGAGAUCCAGAGUGCUGCUAAAGCUGCCAACAUACACAGCUUCAUAGAUGACCUGCCUCAGAAGUAUGACACCCAAGCUGGUGACAAGGGGACCCAGUUGUCAGGAGGACAGAAGCAGCGUAUAGCCAUUGCAAGAGCCAUCCUCCGCAACCCCAAAGUCCUGCUGUUGGACGAGGCCACCUCGGCACUGGACACAGAGAGCGAGAGGGUGGUGCAGGAGGCCCUAGAUGUGGCUCGACAGGGCAGGACGUGUAUCGUGGUGGCCCACCGCCUUUCCACCAUUCAGAACGCUGACCUGAUCGCUGUCUUCCAGAAGGGAGUGGUGGUGGAGCAGGGCACUCAUCAACAACUACUGUCCCAGAGAGGAGUAUACUACUCACUGGUCACCACACAGCUGGGCCAUGGCAGAAAAUGAGGGAGGAUGGGGGGAGGGAGAGGCUGAUAGUGCAGGGGGUUGCUGGGAGGGGCUGAGUGUGCAGGGAGGGGUUGAGGGUGCAGGGGGUAUUUUGUAUAUAAAAGGAAGAGGUGGUGGUGCUGUACUUCAGUUAUUUAUUCAAAAAGUAUCACAUCUGUACCAUAGAGUGCUUGUGUGCCAAAUGAAUACAUGGAACACACACAUAUACACACACAUCUGCGCAUUACUGUAAACUGCACAGAACUAAGCCAAUGAGACGCUGAAGCAGUGUGUAUCCUCAACAUUCAGAUUAUUACAUUGAUUUGUUCAAUUGUUUUGGGCUUAAAGUAAAACUCUACCCAAAAACUAUAUUUUGGUAUUUAUUUCAUUAGUCCAGGUUAUGUAUCUUUCAAUAUACAGAAAUCCUCCCCAUAUAGGGCAGCAGGUAGCCUAGUGGUUAGAGCAUUGGACUAGUAACCGAAAGGUUGCUAGAUUGAAUCCCAGAGCAGACAAGGUAAACAUAUGUCAUUCUGCCCCUGAACAAGGCAGUUAACCCACUGUUCCUAGGCCGUCAUUGUAAAGGAUUUGUUCUUAACUGACUUGCCUAGAUAAAUAAAAUGAUGCAUUUUGCAUCAUAUCAUAGGAAUCAAAAUGCAUCAUACAGGGAUGAUUUCUGUAUUUUGAAAGUUACAUAUCUUGAAAACUUGAGUGCUGACAAGCAAAACAUUUGGGACCAUAUCCACAAUGGACUAAUGAAACAAAUAACAAAAUAUAAUUUUUGGGUGGAGUUUUCCUUUAAAGGCCCAGUGCAGUCAAAAACUAGAUUUCCCUGUGCUUUAUAUAUUUCCACACUAUCAGGUUGGAAUAACACUGUACACAAAAUAACUGCACUACACUGCAUUUGCACUCUGUUCAUCGCUCUGCAUUUAGAUAUAUUCAAACUGAUACUGUAAAAUUGUACAUCCACUGUAUGUCAUCUGUAUACCAACUUACAUAUUUCCACACUAUGAGAUAAUAAAGGUGAUUCUAAAAUUGUGAAAAUUAUGAUAAUGCCCUUUUAGUGUAAGGAGCUGUUUGAAAAGCCCGCCUGAAAUUUCUGCCUGCUUUGGUGGGAUGGAGUUUUGGGCACCAGGCAUACAUUGGUUAAUAGACCAAUAGGAAAGAGUUCCAAACUCUCAAUAACAGCUCGUUUUCAGUUUUCCCCACUCCGACAGACCUAGCAAAAUUAUUGCUUGAGAAAUUGCUCUUCGCUAAGAAGUAUUUUUUUAUUAACCUUUUAAUUGAAAACAAUCACAGUAAGGAACAUAAUUGUUACCCAGAAGUGAUUUGAUAUUGAGAUAUAAACAGCUGCAUUGGACCUUUAAUGUUGAGAGGAAUUCUUUUUGAAAUGAUCAUGAUGUGGCCUUCCAAACUGUCUCUGUGCUAUGCUCAUGCUACUGGAAGUGCCUGAGGUAUUUAAAAGGACCAAAGAGUUCCUGAAUGUUUUGUUUACCUUAAUUGUAGGUAAUAUGUUGAGUGAUACACACACACACACACACACACCUGAGGGUUGGGGCUCAAGCACUAACAGUAUAUUGAUACAAACCACUUCCUGUUUCUACAUUGCACUGAAUUAACUGACUCUGCUUGGGUAUGUACUGUAUGUAUGCAUUACUUUUUUCCUUAUGUAAACAGGUAUCAUUAAUAAAGAUGUUUUAUUUGAA